AUGCCGUCGAUCCAGGACGUGCUCCGCUACGAGACGGUGCUAGUCCAGCGCCACAGCAUGAUGGCCGCGUUCACCGUCAUCCUCAUUGGAGUGGCCCUCGUCGUCCGCAAACUCCGCAGGCGGACAAAGUCGGCAUCGCCGCUCACCGUCGCUGAGGCUUCCAACUCAAAGCAGCAGCGCAAUUUUCGCUUCAUCGACAUAAGCCAUACAGGCCGUCUGUUGCGCAACAUGCGGCUGCACGUCGCUCGCGGCCAUGCAUUCGCGGCAGAGGUGAUGCCACCUGGACCGGCGAGGAGCAGGGCGCCGAGCGCCGCGAUCCCGUGCCCCGUGGAGAGCGACAGCACCGCCGACCCGCCUUCGCUGCUUGGUUCCUCUUCCGAGCUGCAUACGGUGCUCCCGCUCGCGGCGCUGUGCCCGCUGCGCGCCGCGCUGCCGGUUCGGCUGCGGCAGCACGACUGGCGGCUGGCCUUCUCGACCGACCAGCACGGCUGCUCGCUGCAGACCCUCUACCGCCGCCUCGCCUCGCGCGGCCCCUCGCUGCUCGUCGUGCUCGACGCGGACGGCAGCGUCUUCGGCGGCUUUGCUUCCGAGUCGUGGCGCGCAGACGCGUCGCACUACUUUGGCACGGGCGAGCGUCCCCCGCGAACCCGUGUAUACCUGGAAAUUAUCCUGCGACCGCCUGGGUAUUUUGUCGAUUUCCUCAAUUUUGCCUCAGAUUUUGCCCCAGACCAGCUCUCAGACUCAGGGAAACUCGCGAGUUUCCAGAAUGGAGCACCAAACACCCUCUGUUUUCCCUGGAAAUUUCCGGAAACGCAAAGUGCCGGGGACCCUCUGUUUUCCUUUUUGUUUUCCGGAAAACCUGCUACAUCCCAAGCUGCGACGGCUGUAUGGCAGCCAUCUUGCGGCCGGGCGGAUGGCUGGGACACAGCCAUCGCAGCCAUCGGCCGGAGGAUGGCUGCACUGGCUGGAAGGCAGCCAAAAUGGCGCGUGCUGGGAGGGCGGAGUGGCUAG